UGAGAUCCUUAACGAGCAGUGGGAAACUGAAAGCAGAGUCCAGAUCAAAGAAAGAAAGAAGGAACUGGGCCAAAAGGGAGAGUUUCCAUUGCAGCUGACCUCGACCGAAAUCUCCAUCUCCAUUCUGUAAUUCUUCCUCUGUCGGAAAGGUAAACCAGAGAUCUCUCCGGAAAUGGCCCCCACGUCGGCUCUGGCGAAGUAUAAGCUGGUCUUUCUCGGAGACCAGUCUGUUGGGAAAACCAGCAUCAUUACACGCUUCAUGUACGACAAAUUCGAUAAUACAUAUCAGGCUACAAUUGGCAUUGAUUUUCUCUCAAAAACCAUGUAUCUGGAAGAUCGCACCGUUCGACUGCAGUUGUGGGACACUGCUGGACAGGAAAGAUUCAGAAGUCUAAUUCCAAGCUAUAUCAGGGACUCAUCUGUCGCUGUCAUUGUUUUUGAUGUUGCAAGCCGGCAAACUUUCGUAAACACUUCAAAAUGGAUUGAGGAGGUGCGCACCGAGAGGGGCAGUGAUGUCAUUAUAGUGCUUGUUGGGAACAAAACGGACCUUGUGGAGAAGAGGCAAGUCUCCGUAGAGGAAGGAGAAGCCAAAGCCCGUGAACUAAAUGUCAUGUUUAUCGAAACAAGUGCUAAAGCUGGAUUUAAUAUCAAGGCACUGUUCCGAAAAAUCGCUGCAGCUUUGCCGGGAAUGGAAACUCUCUCAUCAGCAAAACAAGAAGACAUGGUUGAUGUUAACCUGAAGUCCUCAGGCAGUGGUGCUGCACAAUCCCAGCAGCAGUCGGGUGGAUGUGCCUGCUAAUGAUGCCCGAUACGAAUUGUUGACGGAAUCACUCUUUCAGGUACAAGAUUGGUUAUAUCUAUAUGAAUGCCUUGCUUGAGCAGAGACUAAAUUCGUAAAAUGAAAUUGGUGGCAAGAGUAGACGAUUGUUAUUUUAUGGAGUAAUUUGAUGUAUUGGUGGAGUCAUUAUUUGGGUCUUGGGAUUUGUAAAAAAAAAAAAUAGAAGUUUUUGUGUCGGACUCGAUUACAAAAUGGAAAUUUAUCUAGAAAUUCUGCAAAUUUCACCUGUUCUUGCAAUGGAUUGUUGUGUUGGUUCAUAAUAAGAUCUGGCCGGCAGGAAAAAGGUGAGUGGUUUUCGUUCUUUGAGCUUUUGGUGUAUAAAAAAAUUGAAAGAAUUCAAUUA